AUGGAGAAUUACUUAAGAAAAUUUUUGGAGCAUCAACAAAAUUUGGAUGAAAUCGAACGAAGGGGUGACGAAUCUUAUGGGAUUGAAUUUAUGAAAUUGAGAGAAUUCAGUCAGAACAUAAAAACUGAGAACCACUAUUCGAGCAGCGAGGGAGAGAAACCAAUCAACAUCCAUAAGAACAGAUACAAAGACAUCGUUCCAUUUGAUUUCUGUCGAGUCAAAUUGAAGAGAAAGUCAGAUGAAACUGAUUACAUCAACGCUAGUUUCAUCAAAGUUAGUAAUUGGCGUCAGAACUACAUAGCUGCCCAGGGACCACUGCCAAAAACUGUCGACGAUUUCUGGGCGAUGAUCUGGGACUAUGACGUCACUAUGGUAGUCAUGGCCUGCCAAGAAAUGGAGGGUUUUCCGCCAAAGUGUCAACGUUAUUGGAACAUAAGCAAGGAAGAGGAGUUGAAAUUUGGAUCUUUAACCGUUAGAAUGGUACUCCCGAGAGCAGAGGAGACGAUAAUCUGCCGGAAGUUACUCGUGACUGACGGAAAGUCGAAACGUAAUGUAACUCAUCUGCACUACACGAAAUGGCCCGACAAGUUCGUCCCCAAGUGUAUCGAUUCCAUCAUCAGACUCAUCACUGCCAUGCGAGAGAUUCAUCCUAUUGAAAGGCCUGAACCGCUUGUUGUUCAUUGCAGCGCCGGUUGUGGUAGGACAGGUACCAUCAUGGUCAUUGACUACGUGAAGGCUCUUCUCGAUAACGGGAAAAUAACGGAAAAAUUUAAUUUGUAUGACGUCAUCGUUGAGAUGCGGAAGCAGAGAAUGGCCAUUGUACAAACGCAGGAACAGUACCAAUACGUGCAUGAAGCUGUGGCCAAAUUGUUCCGCGAGAAGUUGCAGGCUAUCGAGAGCCACUACUACGGCAACAGACCGUCCAUGACUGGCAAUGCUUCAGACGAUGGCGAGUACGAGAGUGUCAUGUACAAACCACCAACGAUGCCGAAGAUCGUCAUGCUGCCAGGCCCACAGACUGCAAAAAUUUCAACCACAGACAAAUCGCGAACGCCUUCACCUAAAGUUGAUUUUUCAAAAAACGCCAGCUACAGCAACAACAAAGACGACGACAACACUUACAAAAAUAUGAACAGCCAUCAAAAAUCCUCAACCCAAGGUCUGUCUAACAAGACGAAGUUGUCGUUGAACAAGUCGUUGAGUGGCGAUCGAAAGAAUGAUUGGAAUGGUGGUGGCAGUGGUGCUGGCUCGUACAGCAGGUCACUUUACGAAGACAAUCCAGACUAUCCUUACCCAAUUCAUUCUGAACCACCAAAAGUCCCCGCGAAAACGUAUGCUGGUCAGAAUCAUCUCUUGGCACAGAAAACACCGACAGUUGAAUAUAUAUACAGAGGAGUCAACAUUGGUUUUCCAGUAAGACUUAAGAAGCCAAAAGGUCCAAGACCAUUCAGAUCUUUAUGAUUCCAGUGCAUGAUAUGAUUGUUAUACUCCUAUUAGGCUGCUUUAUUAAGUUACGAUUCUGUUAUAUAAUAUGAAGACGAGACGAGAUGAAUAUUCGAUGGUUAAUAUUUAGUUAGAAUUAUUCUUUAAUUAAUUCGCGAAUUUCGUUAUUUAUUUAUAUUUCUUCUGCGUGUUAUCCUGAUUGUAUCUUAGAUAAGUUUCAACUUUUAACUAGAAACAAUCCGAAAUUAUCAGUCUGAUGUACAAUAUUCCGAUAAAUAUUUAAAUGUUUUAGGAGUGAUUCUAUUACAUGCCUGAAUACAUUUUCUUUUUAAAGUUGAAAAUCAGAAAUACUUCAAGCCUUCCAUAUUUACUUUCAUAUAUUUUUAUUUCCAUUUAUUUUUAAAUUGUGUAAAAUCUUUUUUACCUGUUUCACAAUGUGCAUAGUUAAUUAGCUUCUAUAUAUUUGUAAUUGUGUAAAUGUAAACUUGGCCAUUAUGUUUAUGUGAAUUUAUUAACAUAAUGAUAAUUUUCA